AGGUCGUACCGCUGUCGUUCCGGCAACGUGCCGGCUGACGCCAAGAACGUGCAAGAGGGGGGAAAGGAGACGAGAAACGCAUCGAUCCUUUCUUCCGCAGCGAGACAUCCCCUUUUGACGUGUUCGUUUCCUUCUCUUCCUCUCAGUCGUCUGGUUCAGCCGGUUAUUAGAAGGAGAAGGACAAGGGGAAGGUAGCACGCGUCGAAUGAUCUCUAAUUCUUUUUGGGGAGAGGCAUGCUCUUCCUCGUUCGAUGGCGACUCUUUUUCUUUUUUUUUUUCUUUUUCGUUCAACAGGACGUAACGGAAAUUCGCGCGUAAACCAACGGUCGAUCCGUCGAUAUGUUAAAAGUGUAAAAUCAAAAGGAACAUAGUCGAAACCUAUUUCUUCUUGGUUUUUUUCAUUUAUAUAUUACGUGUUGGAAGAUUAUUUAUUUGUCAUCGAGACGAAGAAAUAGACGAAGAAGUGGAAAAACGUUCGAUUGUGAUAAUCAAAGAUUGAAAUAAAAAUUGCCAAUAAGGAAUAUAAUUGUUCGACACCGCCGUCACACCGAAAAGUCCCCAUAUUCUUCAUCUCGUUCCGAACGUCAACGAACAUUGCCGAGUGUUUAUAAGUAUUGGCGAGCGUCUACGAGCGCGCACAGCUGUUUACGUUCGUAAUUUUCCAACGCAAAGAAAUAUCGAGGACGAGGAUAAAAAGGAUCAAGAAUUCGAAAGUGUAACAUCGAUGUUUGAAACUCCAAGAAAGGAUCAAACUCGUGAUGGUAUUACUUAAUUGGCUAAGAUUCCUUAUUUCUUACGUCUACAACGAAAAUCUAAUCUAACCUCAAUAUAAUACUCUUGCUAAGAAACCUAAAGAACGAUCUCUUUGAUUUUUUUCUUACAACGUUUUCUACGUUCGACAAAGAGAAAUAGGAAGAAAGAAAGAAAAAAGGAAACGCCUUUAAGUCGGAUAUGAUUACCAUUUAAUAUGAAAUACUUUAGAUAGAUAUUACACAUACAUAUUUAACUACUUGUUAGACGCUCUUGUUCGAUGAUUCGUGGCGCGUAAUUUAAAUUCGUGCUCGACAAAUCUUUCUUGUUAUAACGACUAUAAUCGACGAAAAUUACAGUGAUAUAUGCACCUGUACAUACAUACAUACGUAUAUAUAUAUACGCGUGUGUGGUAUGUAUAUAUAUAUAUAUAUAUAUAUAUGAGAUACACGAGAUGCCGAUAAAACAAUUUUAAAGAAGAUCGUUAUCUCUUUCCACGAAUCUAUAAGAUUUAUCCUGCUUCUAUAUACUUAUUGUCUUUCUGGACUACUCUAACUUUCAUUAUUAAGGUUUCUCGAUGGAGGAUAGCAACGGUCAAAGGAACAAGGAUUCGUGCGAUGUCAACGAUAAGAACAACGCUAAUCGUGACAAUAUGAGCGUAGAAUCGGAAGAAAUCCUGACGAAAAAUUCUUCCGAUGAGAUAUUGCCUAAGAAUGCGGACAAUUGUAAAGAGAAACGAGUACCGCGCGAUGACGAAGAGGACGAAAGUUUAGAAGUCAAUUGUAAGGUAUCCGACGACGAGGAGACAACGAAAACAACUAAGAAAGAGGAGGAAUCAUCGAGUUCGAGUACCUCGAGUUGUACGUCCGAAGACGAGUCUGAAACUAGUUCGGAGGAUAAGACGGAACCUCCGAAAACCGAGCCAAGUAAAAGUCUCGAUCAGGAAGCAACGAAACAGACGGAAACAAUGACCAAUAAGAAUGAGGACACUACCGAUGACAGUGACAUCGAGGAUGAUCUCAUUUCGGCUAUCAAUUAUAAUACUAUUACCUCAUUGGCUGCCCUCAAGGAUAUGCUUCAAUCUUCUGGCGAGGAUUCGGAUGGAGUUGACAGUUUCUUUCAUCAUUAUUUUCUCUCUCAUGUCAAUAGGCUACCAUCAAGAAAUCAAACUCAUAGUCCCUAUCCUUGGGGUAGAAGAUUGUCUGAAUGUAGAGAGGAAGAUGAAUAUGAAACAGAGGAAGGUAAAAAUGCAGAAACAACUAGCAAGAAAGAAGAAGCGAAGAACGAAGAAUCCCAAGAGAAUACUCGAGAAGCUAGCAUCUCUUCGAAAGGUUCGAGUCCAACAUCUUCAGAAAGAUCAAGUUCGGAAAGAAUCGAUCUCAAAUCGAAUCAAUCUUCGAGCAUCUCCGAAGCUAAAUCCGCAUUGACAUCCGUUAACGCAACAAUGGCGACGACAACGGUGACUCUGACAACAUCAUCGAUGACAUCAUCGAUGACGUCAACGUCAUCGACAACGACAACGACAACUAUGACUAUGGCAACGACUACGACGACUACAUUGACCACAGCAACCCCAACUUCAACAGCUGUUACAACUUCUAGGUUCACCACGUCGACUGUAACGACAACGGUAACAUCACCAACGUCCACAACGAAACCACCUCUUAGAAGAAGACAUACUACUGGUCCAGGAAUGACUUUUCCUGCUACUGAUCCGCCAUCUUAUUCUAACAGUAUGACCUUCUCAAGAACUAGUCCAUUACCAAGUCCUCACUUGGACAAGAGAUUCUUUGACAGUAGCUUGAUAGAAAUGAAAAGUCAAGCUAGUAGUUCUAGCACCCUUGAUUAUGAUUCUACUGAAGAAGUAUGGGUGCGUAGGGUUGACUUCAUACAGGAGAGGAAGAGAAAGGAACUUGGUUCACAGCCAUUGCCAACUAUAGUUACCGAAGAUGCCGAUACUAAUCAAGCUUCUAAUGAACAAGGCCAUAGGCCAAGAGCAGGUACUUGGGGUUCUCAUUCAAGACCUAUUAGAAAACCAGCACCUGGAAGUGCUCCAGGAUCAGGAAAAUCCACUCCACUUCCCCAACAACAUCCUGAACCUUCAGCAUCCAGUUCGUCCAGUUCGAGCAAGGGUGGUAGAAAGGCUUCGGGUACACGCUCGGGAUCUACUAGUCGUAGCAACAGUCGAAGUAAUAGUGCAGAACGUAGAAGAAGCGGUGGUGGUACAGUCGACGACACAGCCAGUCCUACAAGAAAACCAGCUCUUUUCGAUGCCUUCAGACCAAGGAGCAAAUCCGAUGCCAGUAAAAGAAAGCCUAGUAUUAUUGCAAACAUGAAGAGUGCUGUGCAGCAUUCCCUUCACAGGGGAUCGCAUGGAAGCUCAUCAAGUGAUGUACACACAGAAAAGGAACACCACAGAGAUACCAGAGAAUCUAGAGAAUCCAAAGAACAAAGUAGCAGACCUAGAGCAGGAUCUGAAAGUAGUAGGAAUCCAGUAAGCAAAGUUAUGGAUUUGAUCAGACAUAGAAGCCAUAGUGCUCUUAGUGCAGAGGAUAAAAGAAAAGCGAGAGCAGCAGCCCAACAUCAAGCACAGGUAGCUGCGCAAGGUGCUAUUAGAAGAAGUUCUUUAGAUCCUGGACCGAGAAGAUUAUCGUUAGGAACCCCAGCGAUACCGCACAGAGCAUCAGAUGCGUGUCUUGAUCCAAUUCACGCUGCCAUACUCUUCAGAGAUGCACGAGGGCUACCAGUUGUGGACCCGUUCUUAGAAAAGGUUUCCCUUUCUGAUCUUGAAGAAGAUGAGUCGCAGAUAUAUGUUAAAUUUUUCAAAUUUCACAAGUGUUAUGAUCUGAUACCGACCAGUGCAAAAUUAGUCGUAUUUGAUACACAUCUUCUUGUGAAGAAAGCCUUCUUUGCUCUUGUAUACAAUGGAGUAAGAGCUGCACCUUUAUGGGAUAGCGCAAGGCAAGAAUUCGUUGGCAUGUUGACCAUAACAGAUUUUAUAAAAAUUCUUCAAAUGUAUUAUACGAGUCCGUCUGUUACAAUGGAUGAAUUAGAGGAACAUGAAUUAGAUACUUGGAGAAAAGUAUUAAAGGAUCAAGUUCAUCCAUUGGUGAGCAUUGGUCCUGAUGCAUCUUUGUACGAAGCUAUCAGAACUUUAAUACAAAACAGGAUUCAUCGUUUGCCAGUGAUUGAUCCUGAUACUGGCAAUGUGCUUUAUAUUUUAACACACAAACGAAUAUUAAGGUUUUUGUUCCUUUAUAUUCAUGAAUUACCAAAACCAUCCUUUACUAAUAAAACGCUUAGGGAACUUAGGAUAGGAACUUUCGAUGAUAUAGAAACAGCAACGGAAGAAACUAGCAUAAUUUUAGCUCUCAAAAAAUUCGUUGAAAGGAGGGUCUCUGCAUUACCAGUUAUCGAUGCGGAAGGAAAACUAGUUAAUAUUUAUUCCAAGUUCGAUGUUAUCAAUCUAGCAGCUGAAAAAACAUACAAUAAUUUAGAUGUAUCGUUGCGAGCUGCUAAUGAACACAGGAACGAAUGGUUCGAAGGUGUUCAAAGUUGUAAAUUAGAUGAGACAUUAUUUACUGUUAUGGAAAGAAUUGUAAGAGCAGAGGUCCAUAGACUUGUAGUGGUAGAUGAUGCAGACAAAGUAAUUGGUAUAAUUUCUCUAUCUGACCUAUUAUAUUAUUUGGUUCUUAGGCCGUGUGGCGAGGAUAGCAUCAAUGCUAAAGAUGGUUCAUCGUUAAGAGCACAAGACUCAGUUACAUCCAAAGUUACAAAUUCUGAGGUCGAAACUACAACAACAAACGUUGAUGGUGAACUUGAAACUGAACAAAAUGAAACAGGUAACAGUAAUUCGAGAGACGUGCCCUCAAUACCAACACCACCUUCCAGUCCAGCAGCUUUAGAUAUUUCGGAAUCUUCAUCGACUAUCGUUAAACCAUCUCAAGAACCUUCUUGGCGAGAAGUGACUGUUUCUGGCGGGGAAUGAAACAUUUAAUGAUUCACUUCUACAGUGAAAUUGUGUGAAGUAUAGAUAUUAUUGCUUCACUCGUAGACCGUGGUAAUUGCAUCAUGACAAGAAAAAAUUGAGGGAAAGUUGAAUCGUAUAAGUUUAUCACAUAGAGAGAAAAAACGAUGUUAUAUAGAGUAAUUUUAUUAGCGCUCAUGUUUUUUAGUUCGUGAGUAUACAAUACUGAUCAUUGUUGUCUUUGUGGUUAAAAUUUGUAAGUUUAAAUGGAAGAAGAACACCAGUCGAGAAUCACGACCUAUGUGGACCUAUCACUAGAUGUGUGAAAAUACGGUGAGACAUGCUCUGUAAUGUAUAAAGAUGUUUAAGAUUAGGUUUUCUAACGUGAUCGCUCUGUACGUAGCGAUUAACGUUCGAGCUUCUCACUAAAGAAUGGUUAAUGGGCCAUUGUUCGCUCAGGAUAUGAAUUCUUCGUGCCCUUUUAAAAAGUCAUUACUAGGGAUGUUUUACAAGCAUUGUGAUAAAACGAGUAGUGAAAUAAGCCAUUAAUUACAUCUAUACUUUAUGUCGCUUUUUUUUACAAUUAUAUUCUUUUGCAGGAAGAGAAGAAAUAUUCCGAUUUUCUUUUCUCUUUUUUCUUUCUUUCUUUUUUUUUUUUUUUUUCUUAUGUUAUUAAGCUUCUAUAAUAUGCUAGAAGCAAAAUAAUAUCGAUAAGAAUAUAAAUAACAUUCAACGAACAUGAGCGCUCGCUUUUGAGACGCUUAUUACUGCUAUCACUGAUUGAUAUUACAUUAAAGCUAACAAUUUCAUAUAAUGUAUGAACAAUCUUUCAAAUAAUCAAAUUAAUAAGCAAUAACAACACAUUAUAAUGCAUAAUGCUAUCAUAAAAAUAGGAGAAAAUUGAUUUUCUUAAUUAUUUCUUGUAUUAGCCGAAAUUGCCAAUGACUAUGAAAUGAUGAAAUUGAUGGUAAAUGAAAGUGAAAGGCUUCAUGUUCGUUAUGAAACAUAUUUGCGAAGAACGAGUCACAGGCAAAUAUAUGAACUUAAAACGCAGGAGAUAGAUAAAAUACGAGUGUAGUACUCACGCUGAAAAUCAUUCUCUUACAACUGUAUUAAAAGUAUACACUAUAAAUUAUUAUCUUUGUAUUUUCA